UACACACCCCGUACAGAAUUUCCCGGACAUAGCGAACCGCGCUGUAAAGCUUCUACACCCCGCUGCGAUUUUCUCAUUACCCUACACUCGGAAGAUUGUUGGGAAGGAAACAGUGACGGAACAUGAACGCACCGGACAGGUAAGUGGAUCCGAACCAUACCUUCACGGAGCGGAGGGGUAGUCCUGGUAGCCGGGUGUGGAAGCGGCGAACUUGACCCGCCAGAGGAUUCUACAACAUCGAGACGAUUGUGAGGUAGACUGGCAUGACACCUCCGGAACACGCGAAGCUCUAUCAGGCUACUGGUGCCUGCGAAGGGGAUUGCUGUUGUACACUUUGCGAUCCACGUCCACUGGAAGGAAGAACGAGCUCGAGACCGUUGAAUGCCUCCUACGGUAUCCAGCUACUAGGACUGCUCGCCUUUUCUCGACAUGACACGCCUUACUGACGACGUUCCACAUAGGCACGAGAGCUUUUUGCGCGACUACGGGGAGAAAAUUGUCGAAGUGCAGGAUGAGACUCGCACCCCGAAUACGUCCCUUUUCACCUUCAACAAAGAAGACCACACCCUCGGCAACCUAAUCUCACAGCGCCUCCACAAAUACCCCUUCAUCCUCUUCUCCGCAUACAAAGUUCCGCAUCCGCUGUUCUCGUCGUUCGAGCUAAGGGUCCAGACGGAUGGGAGUAUUACACCCAAGGAGGCCGUGUUGAGGUGCUGUCAGGAGAUUGUGGAAGACUUGCAUAAGCUGAAGGGCAAGUUUAAUACGGAGUGGGCGAUUCACUUGGCGAAGCAACAGGUUGAUGAGGAGAGGAGGGGUAGGGAGAGGGAGCAGUUUUAGGGGGGUGGGUACAGUGAUUCAAGGGCAUAGAUCUCUAUGGAACUGCCGCGUCUGGUGGAUAUCUGACUAGUUUUGGCGGGAGUUUUGGCGUCUCGACGACUGAUGUAUGGUCCGUCACGAUGGAUUAGACGGUUAAGAGUAUGGUCGGAGCAUUGGCGUUUCGGAAACUCGGCUUUUCUUGGUAGAUUGAACUUGGCCGUCAAGAUCUCGUGGCAAAUAAUGCAUAGUCCAAGCCUGCGCUGAUGAUGCUGUUGUUUGGCUUAAUGAUAAGAUGUGCAUCGCCAUUCUUCGUC